AUGUCGUCUAUGCUAGUCGCCGAAGAACAUCUGGACAAGAUCAGAGGCAGUCUGAUUAUGAGCUCAACAGAGUUUAAAGAGAAGAUCAGAGACCGCGAUUCACUCAGGAGAUUACAUGUUGAACAGUUGAAGAAGAUAUUAAAGUAUUUAAAGUAUAAUGUGGACACUUCGAUAUCAAUGACGGGUAAUAAGCCGGAUCUGGUGGAGAAGGUGUUCAGAGCAUUUUAUGUACCUGGUCCAUUCAGAGCUGGUACAGGCUGGCAAGCCACCGGUGUAUUGUUGGCAAAUACUGCACCUCCAAUACUCAGUACAGUUCUACAGCCUGCAUCAUUUCAUUUCCCAGGUUUACAACAACAGCAGCAAGCAUUAUCGUCGACAUCAUCAGGGCAGCAGCAACAGCAGCAGAACACUGCAUCAUCAUCGACAACAUCGUCGACAACAACAUCUAUACCAGCGAUCUUUGGUGGCGGUGGUGGCGUCGCUGGCAAUCCAUUUGGCGCAUUUGGCUUGAACAACAAUCCUCUACGGACACCAAUACAACACGCAACAAAGCCACCAGCCACUGCUCCGACAUUCGCCUCAACAGCGCAGAGCCAACCUGGGUUCCCAUCGCACAUCGUUCAGCCUCCUACAUUCCCGCAGAAAACUGCACCAAUGGCACAUGGGCAAAGAAGAACGAUAAGGUCAACGGUCAAGCCAGAGCCAAAGGACGACGAUGGAAGCGGAGGCAGCAGGACAAAGGAGAACAACUCGUCGUCGGCCACCACGACCAUCGACAUCUUUGACGUGGACUCUAUGCUCUCACCGACGCCACCUCUCGUCGAGGAGUCAAGCAACGAAUAUGACUUUGACUUCAACUCGAAUGACGCCAACAAUCCAGCUGUACUGGUGGAGGAAGUUGAAGCGGAUGAAGACGAUGGAGGUGGAUUCUUUCAAGACGAUGAUGAAGAAGAAGACGAGGACAAUGACAAUGACAAUGACGACGAAGAAGAGGAUGAGGAAGAGGAUGCAGAGUCCUUGGAGAGAUCGGGCUCGCCCGAGAUAGACGAUUCGAUGGAGGGAGAUAUAACGACAACGACUACAACAGAUGCUGGAGUAGUGGCAGCAGACAACGGACAACAAUCAGAACAACAACAACUACUACAACAACAGACACUAAACAACAGUGGCGGCAAUAUCAGUGUUAAUAGCAAUUGUGGCAGUCCAGACGAUAUGGACAUUUCACAAGAUCCCUCUUUCAACAACAACAACAACAACAACAAUAAUAAUAAUAAUAAUACAACAACAACAGAACAAUCACUUUCAUCAUCAACGACCACGACUCCAACAACGACAACAACUACAUCAACAUCAACAUUCACAAACUCUUCAACGAACCAUUCCAUGCCCACAUCUUACAACAGCUCCUUUGGCAAUCAAUUCGACGACGAUUGUAUAGUCAUUAGUGAUGAUGAU